CUUUUUCAAAUAACACAGCAAAAAGUGUUCUUUCUUUUUCUGUUCUCCUUUUCGCCGCAAACUGAAUACUCCUCGUCAGUCCACUCUCACACUCUCCAAAACAAUAUGUGGCGGCGGAGUUUCAGAAGCGCCACCACCGCCGGUUCUACGUCCGUCUUGAAGAAUCAGAAAUGGGAUGCAUUGGUAAUUGGCGGUGGCCAUAAUGGUCUCACUGCUGCCGCGUAUCUGGCUCGUGGAGGUCUCUCCGUCGCAGUACUCGAGCGACGCCAUGUACUCGGCGGAGCUGCCGUGACCGAAGAGAUCAUUCCCGGUUUUAAAUUCUCCCGCUGCAGCUACCUGCAGAGUCUUCUUCGCCCGUCUGUCAUCAAGGAAUUAGAGCUAGCGAGGCACGGAUUAAAGCUUUUAAAGAGGAACCCAUCAUCGUUUACGCCUUGUUUGGACGGGCGAUAUCUUUUGUUAGGUCCUAAUAAGGACCUUAAUUAUUCAGAAAUUUCUAAGUUCUCCAAACGAGACGCUGACGCUUAUACCAGAUAUGAAGCUCAAUUAGAAAGGUUCUGUAAAUUCAUGGAUAUUCUUCUAGACUCACCUACACCAGAAACCAUGCAUGGUGUGUCAUCUUUGAAAUAUCGCCUGGAGGAUAAGUUAGAAAAAUCAGCUUUUUGGGCAAAAUGCCUUCGGAGCGCUCUUUCCUUGGGUCAAAAGGAUUUGGUAGACUUCAUGGACCUUUUGUUUUCUCCGGCUUCGAAGGUUUUAAACAAUUGGUUUGAGGGAGACGUUCUAAAAGCUACACUAGCAACAGAUGCAAUCAUUGGGUCCGUGGCAAGUGUUCACACACCAGGUAGUGGAUAUGUGCUACUUCAUCACGUGAUGGGUGAAACAGAUGGUGAUCGUGGCAUCUGGUCGUACGUAGAAGGUGGCAUGGGCUCUGUAUCAAUGGCUAUUGCUAAUGCAGCUAGGGAUGCAGGCGCUCAUAUUAUCACUAAUGCCGAGGUGUCAGAAUGCAUGAUUGAGGACUCUGGUAGAGUAAAAGGGGUGAGGCUAGUCGAUGGGACAUGUGUGCAAGCGUCAACUGUUCUGUCAAAUGCGACGCCCUACAAAACGUUUAUGGAAUUACUGCCUCAUGAUAUACUUCCUGAUGAGUUUCUUCGAGCUAUUAAGCAUAUUGAUUACCGAUCUGCAACUACCAAAAUUAAUUUAGCAGUUGAGAAAGUACCCCAGUUUCCUUGUUGCAAUCUUAGUCCAUCUGAAUCAAGACAUCAGCUUGUAGGGACCAUUCAUAUCGGUGCAGAAAGUAUGGAGGAGAUUGACUCGGCCUGUCAAGAUGCUGUGAAUGGCAUACCGUCUAGAAGACCUAUUAUUGAAAUGACAAUCCCCUCUAUACUAGACCAGACAAUAUCUCCUCCAGGCAAACAUGUGAUCAAUUUAUUUAUUCAGUAUACUCCAUACAAACCCUCUGAUGGUUCCUGGGAAGAUCCUGUUUAUAGGGAAUCGUUUGCUCAAAGAUGUUUUUCCUUGAUUGAUGAAUAUGCUCCUGGGUUUAGCUCAUCAAUUAUUGGCUAUGACAUGUUAACUCCCCCUGAUCUUGAAAGAGAAAUCGGUCUGACAGGAGGGAAUAUCUUCCAUGGUGCCAUGGGGUUGGAUUCGCUCUUCCUUUUACGGCCAGUUAAAGGAUGGUCAAAUUAUAGAAGUCCAGUGAAAGGGCUGUAUUUGUGUGGAAGUGGUUCCCAUCCUGGAGGUGGUGUGAUGGGGGCACCUGGUCGUAAUGCUGCAAAUUUGGUUCUUCAAGAUUUGAACAGACAACUUAGCUGAGCUCAAUUGCAGAGCAAAGCCUUCAUUUGCCCAAAAAUCCAAGCUCUUUUCUUGUACCUCAUCACUUAUGUUUGUUGAUCCAUUUUAAGAAUGCAGUGUAGGAUGACUUUUUGACUUUUGAAACAGGCAAUAAAAGAAAAUUGUUUUGUUAAUUAAUU